GUUUAAUUCAGAAACAUCCAAAUUUUCCGUGUAAAAAAUCUUGUAGCAACAAAAAAUGGAAGAAGAAAAAAAAUCAACAUCCUCAAAACUAUCAAAUCGUCUUAAGUAUAAGAAGCCUGAAUCAUCUUCAUCAAAAGUCAGUCUAGAAAGUGUGAAUAGCAAGAAAGAAUCUGAUAAAAGCAAAAAAGAUUCAGAAAAACUCAAAAAAGAAUCAAAAGUCGCCUUAAAAGAAUCAAAAGCCGCCUUAAAAGAGUCAAAAGUCAGCAUAAAAGAAUCAAAAAGCAGCCUUAAAUCAUCAAAACCAAAAGAACCAAAUGAAGAGAAGAAGUUUCUUAAGUUCAAAAAAGCAACAUCUUCUGCUACAAGUCAUCAAAAAGACAAAUUAAAUAGAAGUUCUUCAGAAACAAUUUUUGAUCGUUCUAAACCAAAUAUUGCAUCCAUGAAUGCUGACGAUAGUCUCAUGUACGGUGUUGAUCGCGUAAUUUGCUUCUGGAACUAUGUAAAGCAAUCUAUGAAUAAGAAAGACACUUAAAAAGAAAGAAUUUUACUUCAUUGAAUUUAUAUUCCAAAAACCGUUAAAUAGUAU